AUGGCUCGGUUCAAGAUCAACAAAAAGCAGCGUCUAGUUGCCACAAUCGCAAUUUCCGGCGGCUUCUUCAUCGCAGAGCUAGUCAUCGGAUACCGCACAAAGUCCCUCGCUCUCAUAGCAGACGCCUUUCACUAUAUGAAUGACCUGAUAGGGUUCGCCGUUGCCUUGAUAGCAGUGAUUGUCUCGGAAAGGAGAUCCCCUCCACCUAAAUCCCUAACCUUUGGCUGGAAACGUGCCCAAAUCCUAGGCGCCUUCUUCAACGGCGUAUUCCUACUCGCGCUGGGCGUCAGCAUCCUCCUUCAAGCCUUUGAGAGAUUCACACAACUUCCACAUGUCGAAGAUCCAGUGUUGGUUCUAAUCAUGGGCUGCAUCGGCCUCGGGCUCAACGUCAUAGUCCUAAGUUUCCUCCACGCCAUGUGCAACGAAUCUAACCCCAAAAACACAGAAACCCACCAUCAUGAACAUAUCCAAGAAAGACACCCCGACGAAGAAUCCAGAGAACCCCCCUCACACUCACCACCGCCUCCAUCCGAUCCAAACACAUCCUCAAACCCAGAACCCAAGCCAUCUCUACCAUCCGCCAAGCACCACCACACCCGCCCCCGCGACCUCAACAUGCUAGGCGUCCUCCUCCACGUCCUAACCGACGCCCUCAACAACCUCUCCGUCAUCGUCGCCGCCCUCAUCAUCUGGAAAUCCUCUUCCAACGCCCGCUUCUACGCCGACCCAGGCGUCGGCGUUUUCAUCGCCCUGACAAUCAUGCUCUCCGCCUGGCCCCUCUGCCGGCGCGCGGGGGAGGUCUUGAUGGAGAGCGCGCCCGCGGGCGUUGAUGUUAACUUCGUUCGGGGGGAGAUACUAGAGGUUCCUGGCGUGCUAGAUAUUAAGGACCUGCUUGUCUGGCAACUCGAUCAGACAACAACCCUCGCGACCGCACACAUAACCAUAACGGGAGACAGCAUCGACAACUUUGCAUCUACAGCCGACGCCAUCGUCGCAAGGUUACAACAAUACGGAAUCCGCUCCGUCGCGCUGCAGCCUACCACUACACAUCGACAGUCACACCAAGAAGUCCCACAAGAAUUGAAGGUUGCUUGA